AUGAUGAGUAAAAUUGAAUAUUCAUUGGCGGUCAAUGGAGAUGAUGAUAAUAAUGAAGAAGAUAAUCUGACAAUUUCUAAUAGAAUUGUUGGAGGUCGCCCAGUGCUUAUUAAUAAAUUACCAUUUAUGGUUUCAAUGCAAUGGCGACAUGAUUCCGAGCACUAUUGCGGGGGUAGUUAUAUUAAACCUAGAUUUGUGUUAACGGCAGCCCAUUGUCUUUGUCUGAGAAUGUCUCGCGGCCGAUGGACACCUUUCAACCCUUGGCUCUUCGUAGUUGUGGCUGGAAGUACUAAUCUUAAGUAUGCUCCUACAUGGCAAAUACAAAAUAUUUAUAGAAUGAUACCACAUCAGCGGUUUAAUUUUCGCACUAUGAUUCAUGAUAUCGGGCUAAUACAGCUAGUUGAGCCUUUUCAUUUAACGAGCUACGUUAAUUUUAUAAAUAUUCCAAAAAGGAAAGAAAAUCAUGAGGACAAUGAAAAUUGUAUGACUACAGGAUGGGGAGAUACAAAAAUUCUUCAUUCGGCAAUUUUACUGAGGCAAGUAGAAAUACCAUUAAUAAAUAAUGAGGAGUGUGGAAAAUAUCUAGGAGGAGAAAUACCUGAUUCACAGAUGUGUGCAGGUAGAAAGGAGGGCGGUGUUGACGCUUGUCAAGGUGACAGUGGUGGCCCACUUAUUUGCAAUGAAACACAAGUGGGUAUCGUAUCUUGGGGAUAUGGUUGUGCUGAACGUCAGUCACCAGGAGCAUGCAGAUUCUGA